UUAUUUUUCUCGGAGGCAAGAUGGCCGCGUCAGUGGCUGGGGCUGCCCCACUGGGCAAGGGGUUGGACAUCAGCUUGGCGGCUCUCCAGCGGCACGACCCCUACAUCAGCAGCAUCUUGGACGUGGCCAGCCAGGUGGCGCUCUACACUUUCGGGCAUCGCGCCAAUGAGUGGGAGAAGACCGAUGUGGAAGGAACACUAUUCGUGUGUACAAGAUCAGCUUCGCCCAAGUAUGGAUUUACCAUUAUGAAUAGGCUGAGCAUGGAAAAUCGGACAGAACCCAUAACAAAAGAUCUGGAUUUCCAGUUGCAGGAUCCUUUUCUACUCUACAGAAAUGCUAAAUUGUCCAUUUAUGGAAUUUGGUUUUACGAUAAGGAAGAAUGCCAAAGAAUUGCAGAGCUGAUGAAAAAUUUAACUCGGCAAGAACAACUGAAAGCACAACAGGGAUCUGGCAUAGGAAUUUCACCAGUCAGCCUCAGCUCUGGCGACAGGAAAGACGUGGAUAUCUUACAGAUGCUCAACAGAGCCAAAUACGAAUACACAAAGUGUAAAACAUGCUCCGAGCCAAAACCAAUGACCAGUUCUUCUGCUCUCUACCACAAUCCCAACUUGAUCAAACCAAUCCCUCUAAAACCCAGGGAAAGUCAGAAUGUCCAGAACACAGAUUCUGAGCCUCAGCACCUAUCCCUUAUGACUCUCUUUGGAAAGCAGGAAAAAUCAAGCCUAUACCAAAAUGUAUCAGAGCCACCUCAGAAACUCCACCCAGACAACUUUCCUCCAAGGCAAGGAGUUGUACGCUCUUUCUCAUACGAGGAACCCACAAGACACUCGCCCACAACAGAAAAACAGCUCUGCCCAGCCAUUCAAAAGCUUAUGGUACGCGGGCCAGAGCUUCACCCGGUCUCUGAACUCCCAGAGAACCGCCUCUGCGAGAAUGGCAGCCACCCUUCCAUGGGUGGGGAAGCUUUCGCUGGGCUUUUCCAGCCGGUGACGUCACAGAGCACUGGGAGUUCUCAUCCCGCCCAGAAUGCCGCUUGCACAAGACGCUUGCUCCAGCAGUUGCAAGGCCAGUCCAAACAGAUGACUAAAGUGGAAACUAACAGCAUAGGACUAGCAAAUUCGGCUGCUCCAGGCUUCAGCAGGACUCCAGCCAUCUCCUUGGUGGCCCAGGUAAACAGUGUAAUACAGCCACCCAUGAUGUACUUCAAUGGUUCCCUGCCAAGCCAAGCCCUUGGUAAAGAACAAUCCAAACCUCCUAAGCAGUCACAUCCUCUUCCUGGGAACCACUCUGGAAAUUCUGGCGUCAUUUCACCUCAGGAGUUGUUGAAGAAACUGCAGAUAGUGCAGCAGGAACAACAGUUGCACAUAGCCAGUCGGCCAACCUUAGCUGCUAAGUUUCCUGUAGUUACUCAGGCCUCCACCACUCUGAAACCUUUGGAUUCUUGGAUGGACAAGGCUUCGGCUACAGAAAAGCAGCCCCCUCUUCUUCAGGUCAUCUCCCCGCAGUGGAUUCCCGCUACUAUAGCUCCAUCACUGCUGAUGUCCCCAAUGGUAUUUAGUCAGAGUGCCCCACAACUGCCAAAACCAAAUGAAAGCAGAUGGCUGCCAGUCAUGAAUCAAGAAAGUACUUCUGGUUCAGCAAACCUUCUUCUGCCUCUACAGAACUCAGAAGCAACCAUCCCAAAAAGCAACCCACUAACCAAGUUACAGCUACAGGAAACGCUUCUGCAUCUGAUCCAGAAUGACGACAACUUCCUAAACGUCAUCUAUGAUGCUUAUCUCGGCAGCGUGAGAAAAGCAACACUGAAAAAGCCCAUCUGAAGCAUAACAUUUUAAUUAAAUGUAGCCUGGUUUUUAUGUUUGGAACAGCAAGAGAACGGAAGAGGUUUUUAACUUCCCGCAAGACUUUAAAUUAUCUUCAUUGGAAGCUAUCUUGUUCAAAGAAAUUAGUAAAUGGAAUCAUUAGUGCCUUCCUGAUUACAGUGUGAAAACACCAUCAAAAUAAUUGUGGCUCCUUAAAAAAAAAACAACCACGGUGUAGAUUCCACAAAAGCCAUUUCAUUAAAAUGACAAAAACAGCAUAAUGAUGUCGUGUGCAAGCUCCUCCCCUUUCAUGCGUGCAUAUAUCAUGAUGCGUGUACCCAAGGCAUGGGACUUGCAUUGCAUCAGGGUCUUUUUGUCCUUUGCUUCCCACCUGGAUGCCACCUCAUUGAUGGUAUGCUGGCUUGUAUAAAAGAUCGAUACGAUUGCUUUGGUUUUUCCAGGUUUUGUGGGUUUUAAAAUGUAUUUAAAGGCUAUUAAUUAUGUGGGUACCAAAAGGCCCUGCACGCUUCAAAAACUUACUCAGAGAAGUGCUUCAGAUUUCAUAUGAAUGCAGAACCAACUUGCUAUUUGUUACAGACAUUUCGUUCUUUUCUCAGGCUUCUGCAAAGAGAGAGAGAGGGGAAAAAAGGAUAAUGCUUUAAGGAAACCACUUCUCAGCUCUUAAAGCAGUAGCACCUUUUUUCUGGCUUGGGCAGAAGUCUGAAGAAAGUGGGGAUACUCAAUUAAUAGAGAGUUGUUGGAUGGCACAAGGUCUGAAGGCUUCUUCUGAAUCCUUUUUGGAGUACGCACAUUUUGUUGGGAAUGCCUGUUGCUAGAAGUCACAAGUUUUUCUACUUUGAACUAUUUAGAAAGAAUAAAUAUCGAAUACAUGUUUAUUGGCCACCAGGUGGCAGAAUAGGUCUGUUGUUUUGUUGUAUCCACUUUUAAAUAGAUGAUUUCUACAGUAGCAUCACAGAGCUGCAAUUUUAUUUUCUAUCAGCUGAACUAACCAGCAAGUUGUUCAGAAAUCAGCAAAGUGUACUUGAUCCUAGAUGAUUUCUUGAAGGUAGGGCUACCACAUACGGGCUGCACAAAUCUGGAGGGCAGCAAACCAUUUAAUAAAACUUUUAACUCUUUGAUAGCACUGAGCAAUUAUUUGGAUUUUUGUGCCCCAGAUCUGUUAUUUCUAGUAAAGACAAUGAGUGCAUAUAGUACAGCAGCCUUGU